UAAGUUUUUUGGCCUUUGCUUUAAUAUAUCACUAUUUGUAUCCAAGCAACCGCUUCUAGAAGCAUCUGUCAGGUACGUGGCUGUAGACAGAACUUGUAGCUCAAGCCAGGCGCGUUCUCCUCACCCUAUAUAAUUAACGGUUCGUAGAUUCCUUCUCUCGUCUACAAUUUAUAGCGGGAAGCUGUGCUCUUUUCUUUGCGUGUUAGUUUUUCGCAUCUCCAACCGCCUUAAGACAAUGCCUCGACGAAGCUCCGGAGGAAGGUCUGCUCCUCGUAACCGACCUGCUGCCCAUGCACCUGUGCAUGAUCCUCCGAAGCCUGCCGUUCGUGCUCCUCCACCACCACCUGCACAAAGUGUGAAUAGAUCCAUGGGGGGAGGUCUCGGCGCUGCUGUUGCAGAUGGCCUGGCCUUUGGUACUGGCAGUGCGGUAGCUCACAGGGCUGUUGAUGCUGUGAUGGGCCCUCGUGUUAUCCAUCAUGAGACCAUUUCUUCUUCAGCCCCUGCAGCCACACCGGCACCGGCACCAGCAUCUAACACUGGCGGUCUUGGUUCUAAUGCUUGUGGUGGUCAAUUCAAGGCUCUGCAAGAUUGUCUGGCCAACUAUGAAAGUGAUAUCAGCAAGUGCCAGUUCUACAUGGAUAUGCUGCAAGAAUGUCGCAGGGGCUCUGGGGCUACCCUGGGUGCUUGAUUUUUAUUGUGAAUAAGAUUAAUAAUCUUUAUUCUAUUGCCUUGAUGAUAUUAUCGAGAAAUGAGAGACUUGACUGUUAAAAAGUUUACAAGGGAAUUUACUGCUAUGGCUAAAAUUUCUUAA